UUUGAAUUUUGCAACAAUGACUUCUAUUUUGUCCCAAGACGAGAUUAUGGAUCUUGACAGUAAGAUCUUAGCAUUAUCUGAGAAUGCCUCCACUGCAUCGGAAAAUGAUGAUCCUGAUACAAAGGCAAAGAAUGUAAAGCCCUUGAGCGAGCAAGAGGUCAAGCAGCUGUGAGAGAAAGCAAAGGAGAUCCUUCAGAAUGAGAGCAACGUGGCACAAGUCAAGGCCCCAGUCACUGUCUGUGGUGACAUCCAUGGUCAAUACCAUGACCUUAUGGAGUUAUUCAGAAUUGGCGGAAAUUGCCCUGAUACUAAUUACCUCUUUAUGGGAGAUUAUGUCGAUAGAGGCUACUAUUCCCUUGAAACAGUCACUCUUUUAGUGGCUAUGAAGGUCAGAUAUAGAGACAGAAUCACAAUUUUGAGAGGAAACCAUGAAAGUCGUCAGAUCACACAAGUCUAUGGGUUUUAUGAUGAAUGUGUAAGGAAAUAUGGAAGUCCGAAUGUGUGGAAGUAUUUCACGGACCUAUUUGAUUUCCUACCUCUAACAGCUAUUGUCGAAAAUGACAUUUUCUGUCUCCAUGGAGGUCUCUCUCCUCAUUUGGAUACCCUUGAUCAAGUAAGAAAGCUGGACAGAGUCCAAGAGAUCCCUCACGAAGGAGCAAUGUGUGAUUUGCUAUGGUCAGAUCCCGAUGAAAGAUGUGGAUGGGGUGUCUCUCCAAGAGGAGCAGGGUAUACUUUUGGACAAGAUAUUUCAGAGCAAUUCAAUCACACAAAUUCUCUCAAAUUAGUUGCGAGAGCCCAUCAACUUGUCAACAAUGGGUAUAGCUGGAGUCAUGAGAAAAAUGUGAUUACCAUCUUCUCAGCUCCCAAUUACUGCUAUAGAUGUGGAAAUGAAGCAGGAAUUAUGGAACUAGAUGAGCACAUGAACCAGACAUUUUUAGUCUUUGACCCUGCUCCAAGAAGGGGAGAGGCAAAUGUGACUAAGAAGACACCAGAUUAUUUCCUUUAAUUCUGGCCAAGAGUUAAUUUCAGUUUAAUAUAUUAU